CCAACCAUAGCGAAAUGUAGCCAACUCUUUUAACCUAGUUCAAUAAACCGUUCACCGGUGCGGACAGAGAGAGUGCGUGGUCUGCACCUGGCACUCAAAGCAUCCUUGGCACUAUAGUCCAAGUUGGUCUGGUUUUAACGCGAAGAUUGAAGAGCGCACAUUGACCUAGACGCGCAAUACAGGGAGGCAGACAGCGAAAGGAGAAAUCAGUUGCGUCCUAGUGCGGCAGCGGGAUAUGGAUUUUUCCACCGGACAUUAGAGCGCAUCUUUAUCAAGAAGACUACUCUGAAGCUAUUGGUUGAAUGCGUGACUUUCUUCUGGCUGGUUCAAUUACGUGACUUGCUCGGGAACGAAUCACGGAAAAGAACAACCGCCGAUGAUGAGAUCAACUUUUUAUUUUAUCACGCAAAAUAAAUAACUGUAGUGAAAGAAUACGUGUGAUAGAUUGAGUACCGCAAAUACUGCCACCUGGUCUUAGUUGUCACUUCAAUGGAGAAAAUGUUUCUAGUCGGAGGGAGAUGUCCAACGAUAAUUAUCAUCGUUUUAGUACUUUUCGUUGUGUUGGUGAUGAGCUUUCCCAACAAACACCACCACAAACGCCACAACGGUGUGUUUUUGUUGCCGCCCAUCAGUGGGGUCCAUCAUGGACCGGAGGCCCUGGAGCAGCAGAACCAGGUCCAGAGCCUCCUCCCCCCUGUCACUGAGCACCGCCACAAGAGGAGGUGGUUCCACUCCCAGCACCGCUCCGUAGGGGUUCUGCCCCAGCCUGAGCCUGAGGAGAUCAAGCCCUUCGUUCUGGACCUGAAGAACUUCCCUGAGCUGGCCAACGCAGACAUCAGCUCGCAGAACCCCAACAUCCAGGUGACCAUUGAGGUGGUGGACGACCCUAACAUGGACUUAGAGAUGGAUCUGAUAAAGGACUGGAUCCCCUCGUCCUCUGUAGGCUGGCUGGGGGGUAAGAAGCUGUUCUGGCCUCUGUUCUGGGGAUACACAGACGCUGACUCCAGCGAGGAUGGGACGGGCCGCUCAGUGCCGGAGGAGACUGGAGAGGAAGUCGAGGAAGAUUACCUGUUGGAGUAUGGUAGCGAAAAGCCCCUCCCUAGCGGUCGCUGGAACGAGGGUUGGGACGCCACACAGAGCUACUAUGAGAAGGAGGAGACGGAGGAGUGGAGUGCCUGGUCUCCGUGCUCUGUCACCUGUGGUCAUGGAGAGAGGAAAAGGAUACGGUCCUGUGGUUACUCCUGCACCCUGACAGAGGCCUCCAAAUGUGACAUGGAGCCUUGUCCAGACGAUGUCAACACUGUGGCUAAAGCUUUCCCCUUCGAGAUGGAGAAUGGCACUGAACCUUUUGGCACAGACGUGGACACCUGUGAGAAGUGGCUGAACUGUAAGAGCAACUUCCUCCAGAGAUACCUCAACCAGGUCCUGUCAGAACUACCCAGCUGCCCCUGCACUUACCCCUCGGCCACCGCCGACACCGUGGUCAGCAUCUUCGACAAGGGACACGACCGGACGUUCCGUUGGCGCGACGCCAGCGGCCCUAAAGAACGCCUGGACAUCUACAAACCCUCGGCGAGGACUUGCAUCCGCUCGGCCCUUUCCGGCGACGUCGCCACGCUCGCCGCCCAGCACUGUUGCUAUGACAACCGCGACCAUCUGAUCACGCGGGGGAAGGGUGCGGGAACGCCCAACCUGAUCAGCACAGAGUUCUCACCGGAGCUCCACUUCAAGGUGGACGUGCUGCCCUGGAUCCUGUGUAAAGGGGACUGGAGCCACUUCCACGCGCUGCGACCGCCCAACAACGGCCUGGUCUGCCCGGAGAACCCCCACCAGGACGUGUUCAUGAACGAGCUGGAGGAGGCCCGGGAGUACUGAGAACGCGAGCAGUUGCCAAAACUACAUUACCCAGAAUGUGCCAGAACAGUGGGGUUCAAUCCUAACUUGAGAAAAGAAAGCAGGGAUGUGUUGCAUUGCAUUAAAGUCAAUAGGAAGUUUGGGGAUUGUGAAGUUGAAGGUACAAGUUAAUCUCAAGUUAGGAGUUGGCACAUUAAACAUCAUGCGACCAGGCCCAACAGAAAAUAAUUGAACUUAAUUGAACUGAACAAAAAAAAAGAGAUGCAGUCCUGCCGAUGUGUUUCGCAUCCAGUAAGAUUCCCAGCUCUCUCGAUGUCUGUCCAUACUCCUGUGUGCAUGUAAGCAUGACGUUGUCAUCUAGCCUGUUGGUGUUGUAGGAGCUCUGUCUGUGUGACUGACCAUCAGUGUUGGGGGUAACGCGUUACAAAAGUAACAUGUUAUAUAAUCAGAUUACGUUUAUCAAUAAUGGAGUAAAGUAACGCGGUACUUUUUCAAAUUGGGUAAUACAUUACAAGACCAAAAGUAUGUGGACACCUGCUCAUCGAACAUCUCACUUCAAAAUCAUGGCCAAUAAUAUGGAAUUGGUCCCCCCUUUGCUGCUAUAACAGCCUCUACUCUUCUGGGAAGUCUUUCCACUAGAUGUUGGAACAUUGCUGCGUGGACUUGCUUCCAUUCAGUCACAAGAGCGUUAGUGAGGUCGGAAGCUGAUGUUGGGCGAUUUGGCCUGGCUCGCAGUUGGUGUUCCAAUUCAUCCCAAAGGUGUUCAAUGGGGUUGACGUCAGGGCUCUGUGCAGGCCAGUCAAGUUCUUCCAAACCGAUCUCAACAAACUAUUUCUGUAUGAACCUCAUUUUGUGCAUGGGGGCAUUGUCAUGCUGAAACGGGAAAGGGCCUUCCCCAGAAUUGGGCCUUAGACAGAAUCGUCUAGAAUGUCAUUGUAUGCUGUAGCGUUAAGAUUUCAAAUCAAAUCAAAUGUAUUUAUAAAGCCCUUCUUACAUCAGCUGAUAAACCCCAAACAGCAAGCAAUGCAGGUGUAGAAGCAUGGUGGCUAGGAAAAAUUCCCUAGAAAGGCCAGAACCUAGGAAGAAACCUAGAGACGAACCAGGCUAUGAGGGGUGGCCAGUCCUCUUCUGGCUGUGCCGGGUGGAGAUUGUAACAGAACAUGGCCAAGAUGUUCAAAAGUUCAUAGAUGACCAGCAGGGUCAAAUAAUAAUAAUCACAGUGGUUGUCAAGGGUGCAACAGGUCAGCACCUCAGGAAUAAAUGUCAGUUGGCUUUUCAUAGCCGAUCAUUCAGAGUAUCUCUACCACUCCUGCUGUCUCUAGAGAGUUGAAAACAGCAGGUCUGGGACAGGUGGCACGUCCGGUGAACAGGUCAAGGUUCCAUAGCCACAGGCAGAACAGUUGAAUCUGGAGCAGCAGCACGGCCAGGUGGACUGGGGACAGCAAGGAGUCAUCAGGCCAGGUAGUCCUGAGGCAUGGUUCUAGGGCUCAGGUCCUCUGAGAAAGAAAGAAUUAGAGAGAGCAUACUUAAAUUCACACAGGACACCGAAUAAGACAGGAGAAAUACUCCAGAUGUAACAGACUGACCCUAGCCCCCCGACACAUAACUCCUGCAGCAUAAAUACUGGAGGCUGAGACAGGAGGGGUCAGGAGACACUGUGGCCCCAUCCGAGGACACCCCCGGACAGGGCCAAACAGGAAGGAUAUAACCCCACCCACUUUGCCAAAGCACAUCCACCACACCACUAGAGGGAUAUCUUCAACCACCAACUUACCAUCCUGAGACAAGGCCGAGUAUAGCCUACAAAGAUCUCCGCCACGGCACAACCCAAGGGGGAGGGGGGUGGGCGCCAACCUUGGACAGGAACAUCACAUCAGUGACUCAACCCACUCAAGUGACGCACCCCUCCUAGGGACGGCAUGGAAGAGCACCAGUAAGCCCUGUAAUGGGGUUAGAGGCAGAGAAUCUCAGUGGAGAGAGGGGAACCGGCCAGGCAGAGACAGCAAGGGCGUUUCGUUGCUCCAGUGCCUUUCCGUUCACCUUCACACUCCUGGGCCAGACUACACUCAAUAAUAGGACCUACUGAAGAGAUGAGUCUUCAAUAAAGACUUAAAGGUUGAGACUGAGUCUGCGUCUCUCACAUGGGUAGGCAGACCAUUCCAUAAAAAUGGAGCUCUAUAGGAGAAAGCCCUGCCUCCAGCUGUUUGCUUAGAAAUUCUAGGGACAAUUAGGAGGCCUGCGUCUUGUGAUCAUAGCGUACGUAUGUACGGCAGGACCAAAUCAGAAAGAUAGGUAGGAGCCCAUGUAAUGCUUUGUAGGUUAGCAGUUAAACCUUGAAAUCAGCGCUUGCCUUGACAGGAAGCCAGUGUAGGGAGGCUAGCACUGGAGUAAUAUGAUCAAAUUGUUUGGUUCUAGUCAGGAUUCUAGCAGCCGUGUUUAGCACUAACAGAAGUUUAUUUAGUGCUUUAUCCGGGUAGCCGGAAAGUAGAGCAUUGCAGUAGUCUAAUCUAGAAUGCACCAAUUUGUAAGUUGCUCUGGAUAAGAGCGUCUGCUAAAUGACUUAAAUGUAAAUGUAAAUGUAGAAGUGACAAAAUUAUACAUUUUUCUGCAUCAUUGUUGGACAGAAAGUUUCUGAUUUUUGCAAUGUUACGUAGAUGGAAAAAAGCUGUCCUUGAAAUGGUCUUGAUAUGUUCAUCAAAAGAGAGAUCAGGGUCCAGAGUAACGCCUAUUUCCCUUCACUGGAACUAAGGGGCCUAGCCUGAACCAUGAAAAACAGCCACAGACCAUUAUUCCUCCUUCACCAAACUUUACAGUCGGCACUAUACAUUGGGGCAGUCUGUCAGACUGCCAGAUGGUGAACCGUGAUUCAAUACUCCAGAGAACGUGUUUCCAAUGCUCCAGAGUUCAAUGGCAGCGAGCUUUACACCCCUCCAACCCACGCUUGGCCUUGUGCAUUGUGAUUUUAGGCUUGUGUGCGUGCGGCUGCUCGGCCAUGGAAACCCAUUUCAUUUGCUCCUAGACGUUUCCACUUCACAAUAACAGCACUUACAGUUGACCGGGGCAGCUCUAGCAGGACAUGGGGGCAGCUCUAGCAGGACAUGGGGGCAGCUCUAGCAGGGAAGAAAUUUGAUGAACUGACUUGUUGGAAAGGUGGCAUCCUUUGAUGGUCCCACGUUGAAAGUCACUGAGCUCUUCAGUAACGCCAUUCUACUGCCAAUGUUUGUCUAUGGAGAUUUUAGACACCUGUCAGUAAGUGCUGCAAUAGCCAAAUCCAUUCAUUUGAAGGGGUGUCCACAUACUUCUGUAACUAUAGUGUAUUAUUACAUUUACUUUGUCAAACAUGCGUUACUUUCAGAAUCACAUCUCUACCGGCCACGUGUUUCCAUGAUCUGAUCUCGAGUCGUUUCCUCGUUUAGUUGUCGAGCAGCGGAGAAGCCUGUUUUGUCAAAAUGUCAUGACAGCUGCUGUCCAUAGAAACGCCCUUAGAGGGCUGUUUUCCCGUCUACUGGCAGGUGUGUCCUCUAUACAUCAUUAUGGGUCCGCCUACUUGCGCUCUAUAACCAUAACUGGCGGCUCGAGAGAAAGAUGUUCAAUGAAAUGAUAGAGAAGUUUGUAGAGACAUUUGGCUGACAGUCUACAUGGCUAAUUAAGUAGCCCAUAUGAUAGCACUGCACCUUUAGACUAGCUUUAGACUAAAGCAGCUCCAACCUGAGUUAGUAAGUAGCUUAUCUUUGGUAGCGUGAGCAGCUCGCCUUUCUCCCUCCGAAAGAUUUUUUAAAUGAAGUAAUAUUGAAACGAACGUGUUACUUUUGUUAAAAAUGUAACUAGUAAUAAAACCUUUUCGAGUAACAAAUCCCAACACUGCUGAACAGAGCAACAUAACUAUGGUUAACAUACUUCCUUAUAUGAUUUUGCUAUGUGAGAUGUUUGAUACUGUGGUAAGUCUUAUUUUGAAGAGGGGAAUGGUGAGACGGAACAUGUCUGGGCCAAUUGAAAAGUCUUAACGAUGCUGCUAAGAGAAUAUACUUCAGAUGUGAUAGGGACUGGAGAGGAAUCUACAUAUGGUUGCACUAACGUGCAUGAAUUUCAGCGAUUCUUCUUUCAAAUAUAUAUUUAUGGCUGAGAGAAUUGGGUCUAAAGAUCUUGACAAACAAGAACAACAACCUCCAGCAAUUCAUGGUAAUUCAUGAUAACAUGCUAAACAGAUGUUCUUCCAAGGUGGCGUGAUCUGGUCUGGACUGAAUUUAUGAUCCACAGUCUCAACAAUGACAGCUUGAUAACCUUCAAUCAUGGAUGUUUCUAGUUUUCUCAGGGGAACUCAAGUUGUUCGAGAAUAUAGUCCAUUUUGACAUGUACCUCAACAGUGGAGAAGUAUCGGGACCCAGUGGUUCAGAAUGCUCAUUCACAUACAUGGUACAUGUUAGGGAAAUGGAAACUGCAGAGGAAAAUGGAUAGUGGAUAAAAACACUUAAAAUUACGAAAUGAUCCUUUUUGUGCGUUAUUUGGCAUGUAGUCUUUAAUGUAGUCUUUCAAUGAAUGUAAUUACAUUUAAAUAGCUUUUUGCGUUGCUGUGUUGUAUUGGCAAAGGCUUCAUUAUAGAGGGAACACCUAUAGUCUUAAUGUUUACGCUCCAAACCUUUAUCGGGAAAUCUAGUUUUGGAAUGACAUGUACGAAGACCUUUUAUUUAAUGUAUAAAAAACACAAACGAUGGUGUGUAAGCAUAUAUACCCAUGUUUAUAUAUUAUAAUUGUGAAGGGAUGACUUGGCAGAAAUGCUGCAUUAUUCAUUUGUAUCAUGUGAGUUUCUGUUUAAAAGCAUGUUCGAUCUUUUGUGAUUUCCUAAACUAGUGUUACUACCGCAUUGUACAGUAUUUAUUGUCCGUUUUUUUAAAGUCUGCUCCAACUUUGACUCUUCUAAAACCCACAUGGGGCACUAUUACGGACUAAGGUUGCAAAAAAAAUCGUACAACUUUCCCAGGUUUCUCUGAAAUGCUGACAAUUUCUGGAAUCAGAAAUGCUGCGAGAGGAAUCAUCCAACCGGGAUUUCUGUAGAAAAAAAAAGACGUUGGUUAAGUUUCAGGAAUGUUGCAACUCUACUACGGACAGACACUGGCGCCACGGUGACGUCGCAUGACAGGACCACUCCCAACAGUGACUAUAUCAAGUGUCUGUAUAUACUUUGAUAUUUUUAUUGUAUUUCAGUGAAACUGUGUCGUGACAAAUACAACGAUGAAUAUAAAGACAUUUUCUGGCUCGUUUGAAAGGGUCCUUAUGUAACGGAUGUGAAACGGCUAGCUAGUUAGCGGUGUUGCGCGCUAAAUAGCGUUUCAAUCGGUGACAUACUUGCUCUGAGACCUUGAAGUAGUGGUUCCCCUUGCUCUGCAAGGGCUUUUGUGGAGCGAUGGGUAACAAUGCUUCGUGGGUGACUGUUGUUGUGUGCAGAGGGUCCCUGGUUUGCGCCCGGGUAUGGGCGAGGGGACGGUCUAAAGCAGGGGUCCCCAAACUUUUUCCUGUGAGGGCCACACAACUUUUCCCUUCUCUGAUGGGGGGCCGGUGUCAGUUUGUAACAGAAAAAGUGUGACGAUCGUAGGGGAGCUUAAAAAAUGUAUUGUUUUCCAGAAAGCCACACAUAACCA